CACGUCACACCGCAGCAGGCACCGAGAAACUAUCUACUUGAGAGUUGAAAUCUCAGAUCUAAAAUACAAGAGCACUCCAGGAAGGCAACAUUCAACAGAUAGAGCAAAGCAAGCAGAAUAUGGCUUCUCUGAACAACGAAGCAGCAGCCAGUUCUUCGUCUUCUUCCCUCCCACUUUGUUCUACUGAUCACCAAAAUCAUUACACAUACGAGGUUUUCCUGAGUUUUCGAGGUGAGGAUACACGCUUUAAUUUUACAGAUCAUUUGUAUACUGCUCUGUGUCAGAGGGGAAUUGAGACCUUCAGAGAUGAUAAGCUUAGCAGAGGAGAAGACAUAUCACAAGAGCUCCUCAAAGCAAUUGACGAGUCCAGAGUUUCAAUCGUCGUCUUCUCUCAAAAUUAUGCUUCCUCAAGGUGGUGCUUAGAUGAACUGGUCAAGAUACUUGACUGCAGAAAAUCCAAAGGCCAGAAGUUUAGAGCUGUUUUCUACAAGGUGGCUCCUUCAGAUGUACGACACCAAACAGGUGCUUUCGGUGACGCAUUUGCUAAAAUUGAUCAAUGCGAAUACAAGGAUAGCAUCGGCAAAUGGAGGAAGGCUCUUGAGGAAGCAGCAGUUUUGUCUGGAUGGACUUUUGAGGAGGGCCGGUACGAGACUGAAUUUAUCAACGACAUUGUUGGGGAGUUGUCCACCCAAGUAGUAAACCCUUCAAGUGAGUGGCACGUUGCUGAACAUCCAAUUGGAUUAGAAUCUUGUAUACAAGAUAUCAACAGUCUUUUAAAAGCCGAGGAAAAUAUUUUUCGCAUGGUGGGCAUAUGGGGGACUGGUGGAAUAGGAAAGACCACAAUUGCGAAAGCUGUGUUUAAUUCAAUUUGCUAUAAGUUUGAAACUAGUUGUUUCUUGGCAGAUGUUAGAUCUAAUUCAAAUGACCUAGCCCAACUGCAAGAGAGACUUUUGCAUGAUGUUUUAAGGGACUCAAAUUUGAAGGUGAGCAGUGUUGAUCAGGGAGUCAGUUUUAUAAAGGAAAGAAUGCAAAAUAAAAAAGUUCUCUUGAUCCUUGAUGACGUGAGUCAUUCUAGCCAAUUAAAGAACUUAGUUCCAUCCCCUGAUUGUUUUGGCCCGGGCAGUAGAAUUCUCAUAACAACAAGAGAUAAACGUUGGCUAAUUGCUCAUGAAGUUAAUGAAGUAUAUGAGGUCAAGAUGUUAGAUGAUCGUCAUGCUUUGGAGUUGUUUAGCUUGCAUGCAUUCAAAAGAAAUGAACCUCCAAGCGAUUAUCUGAAACUUGCACAACAUGUUAUACGCUAUGCCCAAGGCCUUCCAUUAGCUGUGAUAGUCUUAGGCUCUCAUCUAUUUCGUAGAAGCACAGAGGAGUGGGAAGCUACAAUAGGUAGUUGUAAAGGAGGUCCUCAAGCAGAUAUACAGAAAGUUCUCCAACUAAGUUAUGAUGCUCUAGGACGAGAUUUAAAAGAACUAUUUCUUGAUAUUGCUUGCUUCUUUAAAGGUAAGCGUGCAGCCCAUGUGAAACCAAUACUAGAAGCUUGCUACGACCACAAAACAAUAGUGAUUGGUAUUACACAACUGCAAGAACAAGCCUUGAUAAGAAUUGACAAAGAUGAUCAGAUUUGGAUGCAUGACUUGAUAGAAGAAAUGGGUAAAGACAUAGUGUAUCAGGAGUCACCUGAUGAACCCGGGAAACGCAGCAGAGUGUGGAGUGAAGAAGAUGUAGACUACAUUCUAACAAAUAAUACAGGUACAAAUAAAGUUAUAGGCAUUCAGGUCCCGUGGCAAUCAUCUACAAUAUCUUUGAAUGCUAAAAGCUUUUCAAAGAUGAAGAAUCUUAGAUAUAUUUCUAUGAGAAGAAUAUUAUUUUCUGGAGAUAUUGAUUAUCUCUCCAACCAGUUGAGGUGGCUCGAAUGGCAAGCAUGUCCAUUGCAAUGUUUUCCAUCCGAUUUUCAAGCAAACAAACUUGUGGAGCUCAACAUUACUAGCCGCAAAAUCAGACAGCCAUGGGAGGGACGUAAGAAUUUUUCAAGGCUAACAUGUAUGAAUUUAAGUCAUUGUACAUCCCUAAAGAAACUCCCAGACUUGAGUGGAAUCCCUAACUUGAAAGAGUUGAAUUUAAGUGGCUGUCCAUUCCUAAAGGAACUCCCAGACUUGAGUGGAAUCCCUAACUUGAAAGAGUUGAAUUUAAGUGGUUGUACAUCCCUAAAGAAACUCCCAGACUUGAGUGGAAUCCCUAACUUGAAAGAGUUGAAUUUAAGUGGCUGUGAAUCCCUAAAGGAACUCCCAGACUUGAGUGAAAUCCCUAACUUGAAAGAGUUGAAUUUAAGUGGCUGUGAAUCCCUAAAGGAACUCCCAGACUUGAGUGGAAUCCCUAACUUGAAAGGGUUGAAUUUAAGUGGCUGUGUAUCCCUAAAGGAACUCCCAGACUUCUGUGGAAUCCCUAACUUGAAAGAGUUGGAACUAUAUAAAUGUAUCGGUUUAGUUGAGGUUCCUGAUUCAAUUCGAUUCCUUCAUAAGCUUGUUACCUUGAAUAUUGGCGGUUGCUCUAACCUUAUUGUGUUUCCAAGAAAAAUCAACUUGAAAUAUGUAGAAACAAUCUCUAUUAGCUAUUGCAAGCUUGAAGAAUUUUCAGAAAUUGGGGAAGAGAUGGGUUUCUUGAGAAAAUUGGAUCUAAGAGGCACUUGCAUUAAAGAAUUGCAUCCGUCCAUUACAAGGCUUAUUAGGCUGGAAAAGUUGGACCUAACGGACAGUCAAAAUCUUACAAUCCUGCCGUAUAAUAUUUAUGAGUUGCACAAUCUAAAGACUCUUUAUGCGAGUGGAUGCUCAAAACUGGCUACAUUUCCAAAAAUUCCAGUAAAAAUGGAUUCCUUGAGACGACUCUCUCUUAAAGGCAGUGACAUAAGAGAAUUGGAUGAGUCAAUUGAAAAUCUCAUUGGGCUUGAACAUUUGGAUCUUACUGAUUGCAAAAAUCUCAUAACUCUACCGUGCAGCAUUUAUGGGUUGCAAAGUCUGAAGGAGCUUCAUCUUAAUCGAUGCUCAAAACUUGUCAGAUUUCCAACUAAUACCAAAAUUUUGAAUGUCGAUGGUUGCUCACUAUCACUUCCCAAUCUACAGGUGCUCGUUAUCGCAGGAUGCAGUUUAUUAUCAGAUUGUGAUUUCCUGACGACUCUUGAUUGCUGGGAAACAUUAUGGUGGCUUAAUCUGUCAAGAAACAAUUUUGUUAGUCUUCCUGCUUGCCUCACCAAAUUUGUCAAGUUGCAGAUGCUUACCUUGGGGGGUUGCAAGAGACUCCGAGGAAUUCCGGAGCUUCCACCAAACGUAGAAAUAAGAGGUUGUGAAUUACUGGAGGAGAGAUUCUCGACAUUGACAAAUCGUGGAGCUGUGAUAGAGGCGGCGUCGCCGUCAAUUGAAGAGCCAACUCCGUCGUCAUGGCUUUCUUUGUCGUCAUGGACAAGUUGUUUCAGCUUUCUCUCUCUACGGAACCGACACCAAUGAAUUCUCCGAAACGACAACACCUUGCCGCCGGGGGGCAAGCAUCGAUGGUCCCCAUGUUCCCUCACCUGCACAGCGCCCAUCACUCAACAGCUUCAACACCAAGCAGAGGAACCAACUGACUUGUUAAGGAUUUCUCUGAACUCUUCAGAACCAACAAAACCUCGUGGCCCAGUUAAAGGUGAUCAAGACCAGCGGCUCUCUCUGAACUCUGAACCAUCCACUUCAGAGUUUAGACAAUAACAUCAUUUAAUUGAGACACAGAGGUUUGGGGUAUGAGGCUGUCUUCAUCUGCUAUUUACCCAUCAAUCUACUCUGUGAAUCUUUAAGAAUGCAGUGAUGCUAGCACAUGAUAUGAGAAAAUGCAGAAGCAUAUGAUCAUGGAGAUUCUUUGAAGCCAACUAAUGGCUGUCAGUAACUAAAACUUACCUGUGUACUGUCUACAAACUCCAAUUUUCCGUAAUAUAAUAGUUAGCAUAAUAUAAUGGCUAGUAGUAGCAUGAUGCUUUGGAUCUGGUAGGAGCCUGAGAUUGGCUACGUGAAAUGAUGGUAUCAAAAUUGUUUAUUGUCGUCCUUAGUUGAUUCCAUUGUUGUAGGAGAAUAUUGGUGGUUAUCAGCUAGCUAGGACAUGCAAAUUAUGGUAGUUCAUAGAACUUGGUUGAUAUGAUCCAUUAGUAACAUUUGUAUUCUGGUCAUUUCCUUUACUUGUUACUAUGUUGCUAGGUGAUUGAUAUCAUGCAAUUUGUUUGUUUUUUCAAUUUGCAGUGGGGACUAUAGAUUUUGCACUUGGAGAGGUUACAAACUCUGGCCAAGUUAGCUACAUGGUAAUUGCUGAUCUAGCUCAAUUUGAGAUGACCGCAAAUAAACUAGAAAGCAAAGAAGUUCUAGCCUGGCUUUGGCUAUGAAUCUUGCUUCAAGGCGAUGCGGCAGGUGUGUGCUAAGGAUGGAAUUGAUACUGUGAGAGUGGUAUGCCAAUUCGAAUGCCUGAUCGAGCAAUAAGCUACCGAAAGGCAGGCAUUUGAUUGGGGAUAGCGUGGUUUACGAUGUGGGUGUUUGGUUGCCCGGGAAGUUCAGCCGCAGCUAGAAGUUACCCCCAUAACCAAGUGUGAUUUGGAUCCUCAGCUGGUGUUGGGCAGCCAAAUUGCGGUGAAUAAGUCAUAUGUAUGCUAUGGAUUGAAGCAGGGGAAUAUUCGGGUGUGAGUGUAGAAGGACGACUUUUUGUCUGGAAAAUUUCUGAAGGUCCAGAUGAAGAUGGUACGCCACAAAUCACAGGAAAGAUUGUUAUGGCCAUUCAAAUAGUUGGUUAGGGGGAAGCUGUUCAUCCACGAGUUUGUUGGCACUGUCAUAAACAACAGGUUUUGGUUGUUCGGGUUGGGAAGCGUGUUCUACAAAUUGAUACUACUAAAGUUGCAAAGCGUAAAGUCCCUUCUGCUGAGGAUCCUAUUAAGUUUCCUGUUGAAAAGCUUAUUGAUGGGGUCCAAUUUGUUGGUAAACAUGACGAAGAGGUGACAGAUUUUAUCAAUGUGCCAAUGGAUGACCACCUGGCUGGUUACUGCUUCUAUGGAUGGAACUGUAGGUAUGGUCACCGUUUUGCGGACCUUGUUACAUAUUUCCUUUUAGUGGAAGAAGUAGUGAAACUUAAAGUGCAUUUUCAUCAGGGUUGGUGGCAACACUUUGGCUCCAGCUUGCCCUUCUACAUCUUUAUAGAUUUUUUUUUUCCCUUGGUGAAUUAAAAUAAUCUUUUGGUUACAAAAAAAAAAUAUGUUGGCUAUUUCUGCUUCACUCUAUGCUUCAGGGAAUUUUGUAUGAAUUAGGAUAACUUAUUGUUCUUGUCCUUCAAAGCCCUUUUAUGUGGUACAGCACGAGAACUGGAUAUGGCAGAUGAACUUCUCCUCUAUUUAUGUUGCCUCUCUUCGAUUUCUGUC